AUGGGUUGGGCAUCAUAUCGUUUAGACUGCAAGACCAACUACUGGGUCGACGAAGCCUACUGCGUCGGUAUCUCGGGCGACGAUGGCGACGACGGCAGCGCAACCACAACAAGCACCGCCAGUCCCACAACCUCAAAACCAACACCGCCCGGCCCAACCAUGACCGGCUCGCCCGCCGACUGCAACAAAUGGUCGCUCGUCACCGACGGCCUCUCUUGCACAGACCUAGCCACCCAAGCCGGCAUCUCCCUCACGCAAUUCCUGGCGUGGAACCCGGCUGUUAGCUCCGACUGUUCUACCAACUACUGGCUAGGUGAGGCGUACUGUGUUGGUGUUGCUGGCGGGUCUACCCCGACGACGACUAAACCCACGACGACGGCCAAGCCUACGUCGACGAAACCUACGCCUCCUGGGCCUACCAUGUCCGGCUCGCCAGCUAACUGCAACAAGUGGUCCCUUGUGACUGACGGUCUGACCUGCACAGCAUUGGCGAGCCAGGCGGGGAUUAUGCUGAAGCAGUUUUUGGCGUGGAAUCCGGCGGGGGAGUAUAUGGACAAGAAUCAAUUGAAGAAGUUGGCUGUGUCUUCUUUUCUGCUUGUUAGUAGCAGUGAGCGCGAUUAUCAGCCCUUCGUUGAUUGA